ACACUGUAUUUUCUGUGUUUAAUCUGACGCACUGAAGUGGGUUUACUCCUUCUUUUGUUGUUAUUUUGUUACACAAACCUUACGUAACAAACUACGUAAUGUGCGUAGACUACGUCCCCCCCUCUUGUUCAAAACUCGCGCGACAGCUAGCUCCCUUAUACGACCGUGACGUAUCGGGGUGGGGCCGUAGUCACGUGUUUUUUGGCGUGGCGCAGCAACGCAUCGAAACAUCUCGCUGCGGUACUUGUACUAGAAAGCUGCUGUGUCGGUGGUCUGUGCGUGAUCUGUGCGUGGUCUGCUUCGACUGUAACAACGCUAGGAAACAAACGUGCUCUAUUUCGCCUGUAUCAGCUGUGUGGCCAUAAUGGACAGUGGACUGACAGUAGUGACCAAUCCCACUGUGAAUGUGCGCCUCACGAGCACCAUCUCCUCCUUUGAGGUGCAGCAGAAGUUAAACAGAGGGAUCACUUUAGCAAACCUGAAGGGAAGGUUGGAGAUGGUUGUGGGCGUAUCUCCAUCCUGCAUGGACCUGGAGCUGUACAGUGUCUCUGACAAGUUCAUGCAGAAAAUGGAUGACAACGAAGCUUUGUUGGGUUCCUAUCCCGUGGAUGACAACUGCAGAAUACAUGUUAUUGACAGAAGUGGAGGUCAGCUGGGCGAGUUCACAGAUGUUUCCAAAGUGGAGAAGUUUGAACUCCCAGAUGAAGAAUAUAAUAAGAGAACAGAUACAGUGAGGUCAUUCAUGAAGAAAAAUCGUUUAUGUCACUACAACGAGGAGGAAGUGGCCAAGAAGAAAGCUGAAGUUGCUGCUCGGGAGGAGGAACAGAAGGCUGCUGCUAAUGCGAUAUCUGUUGGCAACAGAUGCAAAGUUCAGGUUCCAGGGCAACCCUCAAAGCUUGGCACAGUUAUGUAUGUUGGUACAACAGAUUUCAAGACGGGCCAUUGGGUUGGUGUGAAGUAUGACGAGCCCCUGGGAAAGCACAAUGGAACUGUUGAAGGGAAGCAAUACUUUGAAUGUGAGAACAAAUAUGGUGGAUUUGUGAAGCCCCUGAGUGUGAUUGUGGGAGACUUUCCAGAGGAGGAUUACGGUUUAGACGAGAUGUAGGACUGUUACAACUGUAACAAAGGAAACGUUUUCUGCCCUGAAAUUUGAGCGCCAACCUCAAGCUGUUCAUCCAUUCACCAACCAGAGAUGACGGAGAGUCAUUGUUAUUGUAACAAAUAAAAUGUUUUGUUUUGCUUUUCUGGAAGGCAUGAUCCAAAGAGCGGCGUUUAAAGUUCUUCUAGGUUUAAGUUCUCUCUCAGUAACACCAGAGCAACCUGAUAGAGGUGAAUGUCAGAGGGAGUACAUCUGUUGGGUGUGCUGGACAUGAUUAUAAUCACAAGAGGAGCUCACACCAACAUAGUUUGAUAAAGGAGAGCGAUUUGUUGCACCUAAGGAAGCAUAAUGAAGGUUAAUGUGUAGUCCUUCACCUCAUGCACUUCUGUUGAGUUUAAUUUAGCCGAUUUACUUGUAUUCGUUGCUCCCACGCUUUUUCAAGAUGGGAUCGAAAAGUCUGAUGACAGUUCAGAUAAUUACAUCUCUCCUCGUUAGGUUUGUAUGAUUGUAUAUAACUGUUAAUAGUUAACAGCAGUCUUAGCAUUUUUAUAAGACUGUAAGUUGCUGAUUGGUGGUCCAAAGAUUGGACAGCUGUCUGUUGAAGGAAAAAUCCCCCCUAAAUUACUUUGACACUAAAAUAGAAAGGUGUAAUUGUACCUUCUAUUCCCGGCUAACAGGACAUUGCAUACAUAUACAUAUACAUAUACAAUUAAGUUAAAUUGGUCAAGCCAUAAACUUAAAUCUGUGCAUAAUGGUCAAACUCCCACUAUUGACAAACACGAAAUUCAGAGUAAAAAAAAACUAAAUCCUCACAAACACUAGUGCAGCACUUCUGUUAGUGGUAUUUCAAGUCACGGGCACCACCCUCACCUUUUCCUCUUUAUUGCUGUCUAUGUAGGGGUGAACAAUGCCUGAGAUAAGAGUGUGAAAGUAGGUGAGGGUAGAUAUUUCCUUUCUAAACAACUUUAAAUUCCUUAAAUUUCAUUUUGUUCGUAUGUUUGUACGUAAACGUCCCAUUUUUGGUUUCCAUGUGAAUCUAAGAUGUAAUUCCCCUUUUUAUUUUUCUGUGACUGAAUUCCUCAUGUUAAACAUUUAAUUGUCUGCAUUUGAUUCUGUCCUGCUUAUAUUGAAACACUGAAAUAAAAAACAGCAUGUUUCAAGUUUAAAAC